UUAGCCACUGCCACACGGCGCUGUCGUUCAAAUCACUUGUCAAAGUGACGUAACCAAAGUCAGCUGAAAGUUAUUUUUGUUGGGUCCUCGAGGUGGUUAAAUCGUGACUAUUAUUUAAACUAACUAAAAUGCCUAACAUAAAUUACGAAAUCAAGCUGGACUUCAAAGAUGUGAUGCUGCGUCCGAAACGAUCGACCCUGAAGAGCCGCAGCGAUGUGAACUUAUUCAGAGAAAUCACGUUCAGGAACUCGAAACAAGUCUACAAUGGGAUUCCCGUCAUGGCCUCGAACAUGGACACCGUGGGGACCUUUGAAAUGGCCCAAGCCUUGUCUAAACAUGGACUAUUCACUUGCAUUCACAAGUAUUACAAUGUGGAGCAGUGGAAGAAAUUCGCUAGCGAAAACCCGAAGAGUCUUCCCCACGUUGCCGCAAGCUCCGGCAUGACUGACGCUGACUUUGAAAAAUUGAGCCAAAUCCUGACCUCUAUUCCAGGGAUCACGUUUAUCUGUCUAGACGUAGCCAACGGCUAUUCGCAACACUUUGUAGAAUACGUGCGGAAAGUGCGAGCGGCGUUCCCCAAACACACGAUUAUCGCCGGCAACGUGGUCACCGGCGAGAUGGUGGAGGAGCUCAUCCUCUCCGGUGCCGAUCUCAUCAAAGUAGGGAUCGGCCCGGGCUCCAUGUGCACCACCCGGCUCAAAACGGGCGUCGGUUACCCCCAACUGUCUGCGGUUUUGGAGUGCGCCGACGCCGCCCACGGCCUCGGGGGGCACAUCAUCUCCGACGGGGGCUGCACGUGCGCCGGCGACGUCGCCAAGGCCUUCGGGGCCGGGGCUGACUUCGUCAUGGCCGGGGGCAUGUUCUCAGGCCACGACCAAUGCGAGGGCGAAGUCAUCGAACGCAACGGCAAAAAAUUCAAGCUGUUUUACGGGAUGUCCUCGGAGACGGCGAUGCAAAAACACGCAGGGGGCGUAGCUGACUAUAGGACGUCAGAAGGGAAGACCGUUGAGGUGCCUUAUCGAGGGGACGUCGAGCCGACGGUUUUGGAUAUUUUAGGGGGGCUCAGGAGCGCGUGCACGUACACGGGGGCUGCCAAGUUGAAGGAGCUGCCCAAGAGGGCCACGUUUAUCCGGUGCACGCAACAGUUGAAUACGAUAUUUGGCUAAAGAAGUUUUAAGCGAAUUUUAGUUAAUUGAUGGGCGAUCAAGUCGCCGGUUUUAGUCGAUUGAUAUUUUCAACUUGUUGGAAAUAGUUCCAGUGAUAAGCACAAAUUGUAGGCAAAUUUAUUUAUUUUUAUUUAUGUUUUAUCAGUAGGUAACUCAACACUGCGCACAAAAAGAUAUUGAUAAUAAUUAAUAGAUGGGAAAGUUUUAUCUUUUUUUCCUCGAUCAAAGGAUGACCCAGCUAGGGUCAUUCUUUAGUUCCGUUUAGUAUUUAAUUAAUAUUCAAAACUUUUUGUGCAUACUGUGCCACACCAAAAAACUUUUAUCUCUGUAUUGUGAUCUUUACAAUUUGUUUUCGUGUCUAAUUUUGAUGUUGCGUAAACACUUGUUAAUAAAUUAUUUUUUGAAUAAAGUCGUGCUUGUUUA